AUGACGGCGACGACGACGAGGAUGGCUGCGGUGUUUACGAUGUUUAUUGGUAAGAGCGAGUUUUGUGGGAGCGGCAGGGAAGAGUUGGGGUUACGGGUUACGGCAGUGGCAGAAUGGCGGAGUUGGCGGCGAUGGCAGCGACGGCAGCAAUGGCGGAGUCGUCACUCUCCAGGCGGUCUGUUCUCCACCCCACCCGCUACCGAUGUCACCCCUGUCCAUGUCCCCACCGUCGCCACCAUUGCUGAUCCACACACCGCCACCACCACCGCCGCUGAUUCCUGUAUAUCUUCUUUAUUAACUACUACUAAUACUACUUCUACAACUACUACUGCUGCCGCUACCACUACUGCUCCUGCAACUUCAGCAUCAACAGGAGAAGAAGAGGCUUUCAUACCUGCCGCAUCUCCUGCAGUCACAGCGUCAACAUCGUCAACAGCAACAACAGCAACAAUAACAAGAAGUACAAGAAAAACUAGGAAAACACCAGCAACAACUGUAUUGUCAUCUGUAUCAUCAUCAUCAUCUACGGCAGUACAACACACCGCCACCACCAACAGAGCCACCACAAGGGAUUGGAGUGCAGCAGUAGCAGCCAGGACAGCGGUCAUUGCCACCGUCGACACCACCACUACCACCACCACUAUCGACACCACUGCCACAGUCGUCGUCGCUCCGUCUGUGUCCACCACUGAAGAAGGCGACAGCGGUCGCACUAAAUUCUGUCGCCGCGCCACCACCACCACCACCACCACCACCACCGCCACCGCCACUAACAGCAACAACCACAACAACAGUUACCAAAACUCUUGUGACAAAAUACAGAAACAACAACAACAACAAGUAAGAGCAACAACAUAUAAAAGUGUGAAUCCCCACCAUCACCACCAGCAAUACCUGCAUCACCGUAAUUACCCGCACCCGUAUCUUCGCUACCCGAACAACCCUUAUCAAAAACAACAAAAACAACAGCAAUUACACCAUCACUAUCUUCAGCAGCAGCAGCAGCAACAACAACAACAGCAAGAAUCGCUGCAGCUCGUUGGCAGAGGGUUAAAGAUCACAGCUAGUUUCGAAAGCUCGUCCACGCUCACCACCACCACCGGCACCACCUCAACUACUUUCAGUAACAACAACAACAUCGGUAAUAUUAACAACCGCUCUAGCCAUCACCAUCACCAUCAUUACCCUCAACAGAUUCAGUUUCAACAUCAACCUCACAUCAACAACAAAAACAAUAACAGUGGUGACUGUGGCGUCACCACUAACAUCGCUAUCACUGCAACAACCAACACCAACAACAAUAAUACCAUCGCCACCAAUACUGUCAUCACCACCCCAACCCCCGACACCCCGUACCACUUCCAUCAUCAUCACAACAACAGCAACAAUCGUUUACUCCUGCAAACUCCCCAGUAUCACCACAAGCGCCACCAUCGGCAGCAACACGACCUUCAUCACCACCACGUUCACCAUCAUCAGCACCACACCACCACCACCGCUACUCCCGCCUCCGCUGCCACCACUACCACUACCAAGAAUAACAACAACAACGUCAGCAACGUCAGCAGCAGCUUACUGUCAUCUGGAUUGGAGGUUACCCGCAGUUGUUCACCCGACAAAUGCACAAACCAUGCUAGGCGACCGCCGUCACCGUCAACAGUUGGGGUGGGGAACAAUUAUUUGAAGGGACCGGUCACUACCACCACUGCUGCCGCGGCGGCUAUUGUCAGCAAAACAAUAGCCCCGGCUGCCACCACCAUCACCACCACAACCACCACCAAUACGACUUAUAAUAAGAACUGCAACAACCAUUACUACUGCCGCGACAACAAUAACAUUAACAAGGUUAGCACCGCCGUCGCUACUACAACCACAACCACCACCACCAACAACAACAGCAAUAAUAAUAAUAACAACAACAACAACAACAGCAUCACCACUAAUUCCGUCAAGUGUGUCAACCACAGGAAUAACAACUACCGCAACAACAACAACACCAACAAGAACAGAAACAGCGGCAACAACUUCUAUUUAUGCAACAAUAACAACAACAGCAACUUGUAUUAUCACUACAACAAGGCUACUACUUGUACUGCUAUUACCGCCACAUCCACCACCACUAACAACAACAACAUCAACAGGAAGUACUGCAUCCGAAACUACGUCGGCGACUGUCGCCGGCCGGUGGACGCCAUUACGAAGAAUAGGUCGGCUGGUCCGGUUGCGUCUCCGGCCUUCGUUGGUCCACAAAGGGUUCACCCUUACACGAGACGAGGUUCCUUUGCCCUCGGUACCACCAUCACCAGUGAAGCGUCCUCUACAGGCAGAAGCCGUCGAAGUUGUUAUUAUCGUGGAAUACAACAAACCCUGCCAACCCAACAACAACAACAACAACAGGAUCCUCUCCCCCCGUACCUUCGCCACCAUCGUCAACGGACCUGUGACAUUACAGAUACAACAAUUUCUACUACUACUACUAUUACCACUCCUACGACUUUUUAUACUUAUAACGACAACAACAGCAGCAAUAACAACAAUGAUCACACGACAUUUUUAUCAUGUUCAGCGCUAAGUGCAGUAACAACAAUAACAACAUCAGAAGAACCAAUAGCAACAACAAUAACAGCAGCGACAACAUCGGCAGCACCGGCAGCAGCAGUAACAACAACAACAACAUCUACAGCAACGACGACAACGGGAAAUCGGUCAACGUCUCAGCUAACAAGUUCGUCACAUCACUCAACGCCACCAUUGACAUCGCCGCCAUCACCACCGCCGCCACUGUCGUCAGCGUUUAAAUCUGGUGAUGACAGAAUUCCAGCAUCAUCAUCGUCGUGGUCACCAGCAACAAUAACAACAGCAACAGAGACUGACGACAACGGCGAGGAAACUACCUUUAAAACGGAUAACACCACCACCACCACCACCAAGAACAACAACUAUAACAUUAACGCUGACACCACCGCCAAUAACAAAAACAACAGCAUCACAAUUAACGCCACCACCAUCGACAGCACCUCUCCCACCAUCUCUGACGAUAACGCCGUCAUUACCACCACCAACCUCACCACCGAUACUAAUACCACCACCACCAACAACAGCGGAAACAAUACGAUCAACUACGGAAUCUUCGGUCAUACCAGCACCAGUAGCAGUGAUAAGCUUACCACUAAUACCAGCACCAGUACCAUCGGCAGUAACAUCGCGACUAUCAACGGAGCGACAUUGACUGUAGCAGAGGAGGUGACGUCGCAGAAGGUGAAGGUAAAGGCGUACAAGUCGACAACGAAGGCUAAGUUGAAGGUGAGGAAGGCGACUACGACGACAACGGUGAAUGGUCGGUCGGAGGGGGGCGUGGCAGCGGUAGCGGAGUGUAGCAGCAGCAGCAGCAGCCGCGCCGUCUACCUGGCUGCUGUCGCCUCUCACCCGCUGUCGGCAAUUACUAACUCCAACGCCACUACCAUUACCACAACCAACACCACCUUUGACACUGACGACGGCGAGACUUGCUCAGUCGCCCGCAUCGCAAUUAGCAACCGUAACAACAACAACGUUAGUCCUGACGUGAAAGAAGUUACACCACCGCCGCCAUCACCUUCAACAUCGCCGUCGCUGGUGACAGCAGCACCAACAACAACUACACCAAAUAGGAAAGACAGUGACGACCACACUAUAUCGGAGGAGAAAUCUCCGGUGUCGGCCAUGGCGGUUUCAAUCCCGGUGGUCGUCGCUGAGUCGACUGGGGCAGACAUGACCACCACCACCACCACUUCUACCAUCAUCACAUCAACUGGAACAACAGCGACGCCUUCGUCACCAUCACCACCGCCGCCACCACCAGAAACGCCCCCACCCCCACCCCCACCACCACAGACACCACCGCCACUGCCACCACAAUCGCCACCACCACCACCACCACCUCCACAGUCACCACCGCCAACACCACCACCACCACCACAGCACUUACCCUCAUCCCCAGCAACUCUUCCGACACCCCGACCAUCUAUAUCCCCACCGCUUCUACCACCACCACCACCACCAACCUCGGCUUCGCUACCGUCAUUGCCAUUGACAAAAACAGCAAAAAAAACAGAAACGGUGACGAGGCCGGAGGGGAAGGAGAAGGAAGCGGUGACACCAGCAGCAACAGCAGCAGCAGUAGCAGCAGCAGUAGUAGCAGCUGUGACGGGUGAAAGACCGGUGCUUUCCCCAGCCACCACCACCACCCAUACCGCGACUCCGCCAACGACUGAAUCAAAAACAACAACAACAACAAUAACGCCCGUAACGACAACUACGACGAUGACAGCAGUAGCAGCAGCGGCGGCGGCGGUGGCGACGGCAGCGGCUUCAGUAUCAGCAGCAGCCUCGUACUCGACGUGUACCAGCACCACCACCUCCACCACUACGACGGCCGCCACCAGCAGCAGCAGCAAUAACAACAUCAGCAGCAGCAGCAGUAGGCCAACCCAGCAGACCGGCAGUGUUGGCAACAUGGAUAGACGUAGCUCAGCCGCGGUUGUAGUGCCACUCAUAUUAAAACCACCACCACCGCCAUCACUAGCAGCUUUAGCCACACUAUCAUCAUCAUCAUCAUCAUCGUCGUCGUCGUCGUCGUUAUCGUCACAACAGAAGACAAUAUCGUUAUCGUCAUCGACAACGACGACAACCACAACAACAACAUCAUCAUCAUCUUCAUCAUCUAAUAGCAGCAAUCCAAACACCAAGCGCAAUUCUUCCACGCGGACUUCUUCGUCCGGUUACACAAGCGUGACGUGUUCACUGGAAGGAUCCGAAGAAUAUCUUAAACCUAUUUAUCAGGAUGGACAGGUGAUUUUAGAGGUUGAAUGUGGCCAAAAUAAGGCCCUUAUGUACCUGUCGAAAUUAUGUCAGGGAAGUAAAGGGCCCUGCAUUUAUUUCCAAGGUUCUUGGUUAACCCCAAAUGAAUUUCAGUACGUUAGCGGACGCGAAUCAGCCAAAGAUUGGAAACGCUCUAUAAGGCACCACGGCAAAAGCAUGAAACUUUUGCUCUCCAAAGGGAUUUUAACUGUACAUUCGGCCGUCUGUGACUGCGACGGUUGUCGCAUAAGUUCACCUGUGAACCGAUGUAGAUUAGCAGAAAAACGCCGUGAAUCGCCUCUCAGAGAAGACAGAUGUUUUACAGCCAAUAUGGUGGAAUGGAAGACAGGUGAAAACCUGUGCACUAACAAAUCGUCAUCACUUUGUCCCAAGAAUUGCGACGAUUCCACUUACUCUCAUGAAAAUGAAAGAAAAGCACCAAAACGUUGCAGUCCAUUACGAGAAUCUCGUUUGAGCAAUAUUAUCGAUCUGUUGAGAACAACACGAGAAAAAGAAACGGUUCCAAUGAACGAACUCGAAGAUAGUUUACACAAACAGAAGAAAGGUGUUGCCAUCUUGGAGUUUGGUACACCAUUGAUCAAUGGAUGUUGUAUGGGAGUUGAAAAUGCCAAAAGUUUGUCAUUGAAUAUUCUCAAUAACAAUAACAGCAGCAGCAGCAUCGACAGCAGUCUUUCUGAUAGUUUAAUGAAUGAUGAGAACAUGACGAUGGCACGUUCGAAUCAAGCAGACAUUCGCAAUUAUUUGCCCGAAGAUAUCAGUGGUAAAAGAGCCAGAUUAGAACUGGACGCCAUAGAGAAGGAUGCCAUGAAAGAAGACUUGGCUCCGAACGAAGUGACCGACGGUCCAAGAGGUGGUCAUCAUCACCAUCAUCAUCAUAACCAUCACAGUCAUCACAAUCACCACCACCACCAUCAACAGCAACAACAACAACAACAGCACCACAGUGAUUUCAUAAAUGGAACUGGUGUCACAAAACCGCCGAAAUGUGACUCUGAACGCUGUAACAGCGACGAAGAUGGUGUCGUGGGAGUUACCAAUGAAGAUGGUGGUAGCGAUAGCAACAACAAUCACAAAAAGUCUAACAACAACAAUAAUAACAACAGCAACAACAACAACAACGACAAUAGCAACAACAGCAACAAUACUAAUAGUGGAAGUGGAGCUGGUGGUGAUGGUGACGGUGAUGCUGGCGAUGAUGACAAUGAUCAGGAUGCGGAUAAAAACAUUAACAACAAUAACAGAAGAGGUGGAUGA